AUGACAGUUACAGAAUAUGAGAACAAGUUUACGUCACUUUUGAGGUUUGCACCUGGGAUUGCUAAUGAUGAGGAAGGAAAGAUAGAGAAAUUUGUUGAUGGCCUUGAUCUUACUGUUAAGCCAAUUGUAGCUGCUUCAGAAUCGACAGAGUAUGUAAAAGCAAUGCGAAAGGCCUUAGUGGUUAAGGCUGAGCGCAAAGACAGCAAGGCUAUUAAGGAGUCUUACAAGCACAAUAGGAGUAUGAGUGCUUUCUCUGAGGGACAAUCAAGUAAGAAGCAGAAGCAUGAGCAAUCAGGGUUCAAGGGACAGCAACCAGUCAAAUCCGCACCCAUAACUUCGGUGUCCAUGGGGUCUUCUAGACCGAAUGUUACUUGUUUCAGAUGCGGGCAGUUAGGACAUUACAAGUCCCAAUGCACUCAGACUCAGGUAGCUCAGGUGAUUUGUUUCAAGUGUGGGCAGCCAGGGCAUCACAAGUCCCAGUGUACUCAGAUUCAAGUGGCGUCUGGUGGAUGUUUCGGGUGUGGCCAGCAGGGCCAUAGGGUGAAAGAUUGUCCACAGCGGGGCAGUGGUUUGGGCAGAGGUGAAGGUUCACAGCAAAGGCAGAUGCAGUCUACCACAGUUCGGUCAGGGUUUUGA